AUGAGUGCAAUGAGUGCUACAACCACAGUACCAGAAGACGCUUCGAAGCAUCACCAGAGCAUUGCUAACCAGCCCAAGUCGCUCAUCGAGAGAGUUUCGCGUGCAGACAGGGACGGCAAGAUAAAGCUCCAAGGCAUUCCAGUAUUUACAGAUAAAAUGGAAGAACGCGAGUGGAUAAAGGAGCACAUGGCAGCAGUAUUCCGUUUCUGGGGCAAAAUGGGAUAUGGUGAAGGACUGGCGGGGCACAUAACCGUUGUCGACCCCGUCGAACCAUCCUGCUACUGGAUGAAUCCAAUAUGUGUGCACUUUGGCAUCAUGACAAAAUCCAAGCUAGUUCUCGUCGGUCCUGAUGGUUAUAUUCGCCCUGAAGGAGCACAAUUGCCGAUCAAUACAGCUGGAUUCUACAUCCACAGCGCUAUACACAAAGCUAGACCGGAUGUCAAGGCUGCUGGACACACUCACACUGUUUAUGGAAAAGCAUGGAGCGUGUUCGGGAAGCCAAUUGACAUGCUGAGCCAAGAUAGCUGCCUUUUCUACAACAACCUGGGUGUUUAUAAGAACUUUGGUGGAAUAGUUUUGGCACACGAGGAGGGCGAGAAUGUAGCAAAGUCUCUGGGAACAUCAAAAAACUGUAUUUUACAGAACCACGGAUUGUUGACGGUAGGAGAGACUGUCGACGAGAUGGCACACGCAUUUCACGCACUAGAAAGAGCGUGCCAUGUGCAGCUAUUGAGUGAAUCGGCUGCAUCCAAUGGCCACAAGAUAAACACGAUUGACGACGAGGAUGCAGCAUUCACGGCUGCAACAUUGACGCAUCCGGAGGCCGCGUAUUUGGUGAGUGUGUCGGACGAUGAGUAG